UUGUCUUCCUCGCGGCUUUUGGUUUUUGUAAUAAAAACACGUUGUUUACAAUAUUAAUUACUGAAAUCGACGACAAUGGCCACUGAAACGGUCUCUCCCAGCAUUCAGUUGGGCGACUACAUCGUCAUCCAGCGCCAGAAGUACACCAAACUGCAGAAAUUCGGCAGCUUGGACACCACAGCCACUCUGGGCAAGGAGACACUGGAGUUGAAGUCGCUUCUGGACCAGCCUUAUGGGUCCACGUUCAAGAUGAGCGUCAAGGAGACGAAGGCCGGCAAGCGCGGAGCCCAGCGACAACAUACGCUGGAGCUGUGCAGCGAAACGGAGCUCAAUAGCACGCGGGAGGCCCUGGGGAUCUCCAGCAGUGGAGCGGAUAACCGCGAUAUCUGCGACAACGGAGAAGCACAGACCCUCAAGUCAGCGGACAUCGAGCAACUGCGCGAGGAGUGCAACGAGUCCAGCAAGAUCAUUGAGAAGCUGGUGGAGAACUCGAAAACCUUCCACGCCCGCACUGAGUACUCCCAGGAGAAGUACCUGCGUAAGAAGGAGAAGAAGUACUUCGAGUUUGUCCAGAUCCGGCAGCCAACGAUCCGACUGAUGGUGGACAUCUUCUACCGGCAAGAUGCAGAGAAGAUUAUGGGCAUUCGGGUGGACACGCUCUCUCAGAUCAUCUCCUACUCUGGUGUCUGCGGAUUUGGGAACUAUCUGCUGUACGAGAGCGGCACCAAUGGCCUGCUGCCAGCCGCUAUGCUGAACUCCAUUGGAGCGGGGACGGAGGGUAACCUGGUGCACAUGCAUCCUGGCAAUGUGCCACAAAAGCAGGCUUCUGGCCUGAAGCUUCCCCUGGAACAGCAGCUCAGAUGUGUGUCUGUAAAUUUGUACUCGGUUUUGAGAGAAUUCUACCAGGGAGGUGAAGCGAUAGAAUCGAACCAUCCUGUCACAGAGUCUACAGAACCUGUGGAGCAAAGCAUUCAGCCGGAGACGCCCACUGAAGAUCAGCCGGAGGCGAUCGAACCGAGUACUAAGAAACCCAAGUUGGACGAGUUUAAAGGUGGCAAAGGAGAAGGAAAUAGGGGCCCUCCACGAUGGCAUUUGGAGAACAAGCGAGCUACUGCUCUAAUGCACAACAAAUUUGAUAGCCUUGUGGUGGCCUCCAAGGAGCAUCCGUCCAGCAUCUUGCAAGCCCUGCUGCCCCUCGUCAAGCCCUCGCGACCCGUGGUGGUAUUCAGCACCUGUAAGGAGCUGCUCCAGGAGACGUACAUGGAGUUGAAGACCUCCGGCAAGGUGACGGGGCUGCAUCUUACCUCAAACUGGAUGCGCACCUACCAAAUCCUGCCGAACCGCACCCAUCCGGAAGUGAACAUGAGCGGAAACAGUGGGUACCUGCUAACGGGAUAUACGCUAAGAUAGUUGUUAGACUGCCAAUUACAUGUAAGCGUUUGUUUUGAUAAUAUCAUGCAAUGUUUUUAA